AUGAGCGCCCUCGCCCUUGCUGGCCACACCUUUUACCCUGUCCUUCUCCGGCUUGUCAUUUGGGCUACCUCCAAGGUCGUCUCGAAGCAGUCUUCCCUUCAAGAGCCGCUACACUUUCUUCUCAAUCACCCGCGGCGAUGUUAUACCCUUCUUUUCCCCAGUGGACCAACCUGGGCACUUUUCGGUAUUCUUGCCCUCCUUAAUCUCGUUGAUGUUCUAUUCAUCAUACUCCUGGAUUUGGAUAACUCGACUGUGACGGUACUUCCUGGGUGGCAGAGGUUCUGCGCCGCUGUGUUUCAGGCUGUUAGUUCUCGACACACUGGUACAGCCAGUUUCAACCUUGCCAAUGUUAACCCGGCUGUGCAAAUGGCUUUGCUCAUCAUGAUGUACAUCUCCGUGUACCCCAUCUCAAUCGUCGUCCGUUCUUCAAAUACCUAUGAGGAGCGCUCUUUGGGCAUUUACGAGCAUAGUCUACAAUAUGAUGAGGAAGAUGGUGGCUCAUAUUUUGUAACCCAUCUCCGGAACCAGCUGAGUUUCGAUUUGUGGUACAUCUGUCUUGGGCUUUUGUGUAUCUCUAUUGCUGAGCACAAGAAGAUCAUGGACGGCAAUGAUCCGGCAUUUACGAUGUGGCCGAUGUUGUUCGAGGGCGUUUCAGCGUAG